UGCCUUGCAGAGCGUUGGUAUUUUCCCCCAGCUAAGUGUAUCGGAAAGAUUCCUCCAGUGGGCUUGCAUCAUGGAGAUCUGCAGUCAAUCCAGCAGUCAACAGGUUCUGUGGAAAGAUGUUGAAGUGGCCAAAGAGAAGAAGGCUAAGUACCACACCUACCAGCGAGUUGCCCUUGGUCUGGCUCUGGUCUUCCUUGUUUUGGCUCUCUCUGCGUUCAGUCUGAGGUAUCUCUGGAGCCCCAGUCUGGGGAAGGUUUACGACCAUCAGUAUAAAGCUGUGUUGGACGGCAUAGAGACAGAGAGCAUGCUGGAGAUUGACCCAGGUCAGCGCAUUGAGAUUUUCAAAAUGGGAAACGGAAGUGAGGAGGUACUUGAGGUCCACGACUUCAAACACGGAAUCACUGGGAUCCGCUUUGCUGAACAUCAGAGGUGCUACAUCAGGACCCAAACCAGGAAACUACCCACAGUGGCAGAGGUGGAGGCCGAGGACACGGAGUUACUGCAAGCGGAUGAGGCCGUGACCAUGGACAUGAAGUUGGAGGACUCCCAGGUGUGGGUUCCUGCAGAGGAGCCCAUCGUUAACCCAGACUUCCUCCUUGGCUCCAAGAUCUGGGAGAUUUGCCAGAAGCUGCCCAUCCACUGGAUCCAUCCCUCCCCUCUGAGUGACGCUGAGAUGGAAAACGUGGAUGCACCUGACGCGGAGGUCACGGGUCAGCGCUUCGCCCGUGACGUGGAGCACCACCCCGCCGUAAACGACUAUAGAGACGCCGGAAUCGAGCUGGAUAACCGCCUGGAUGCCAACGGCUACUGCUGCCAGUACUGUCGCCGUGGUUACCGCUACUGCCGCCGGUAUCACGAGCCCCUGGGUGGUUUCAACCCAUGGCCGUACUACUACCAAGGAGGCCGGGUCAUCUGUCAGAUUGUCAUGCCGUGCAACUGGUGGAUUGCCCGUAUGCUGGGGAGGGUCUGAGGAGGCCGUGUGUGUGCACGCACGCGUGUGUGUGUGUGUGUGUGUGCUGUCUGGGCUUUAAGCUGUUUAUGUCGCAGUAGGUGCCAUUUCUUCUUUUUGGUAAAUAGACCUCUCGUGAGACCAAAGCAGCCCAUUGUGCACACAUUUAUUAUCUUAUCUGAAAGUUACCCCUUUGAGUAUUGGACGGUCUAAAUGGUCUAAAUGGCAUUUGAAGUGUUUAGAAAACGCCUUUGAUCGUUUACCGCUGUCUAAUUUUCUUUUCCUGUGUACCUGUUUGGUCUUCUCGCUAUUUGAUCCUGUCAAAUGGGUGUAAUUUAGCCUAGGAAGACGUCACCAUAAACUAAUAUGUCCAAAAAGUAUUUACCUUCUAACUUUCUUGUGCUUGAUUUUGUAACUAUAUAUAUAUAUAUAUAUAUAUAUAUAUAUACGUUUUUUUUCUUCAUAUACUGUCACGUAUGAACAUUUAUAAGAGAUAAUGAAUAGAGUCUGAGUCUUCCACAUCUUGCACUUGUAAUUAUUGCUUAGGUUGUGUAACACACACAAAACAUUAGAUCUGAUGAAUAUUAUGCAAACCUGCAUCCUAAUAAUUCUCUCCUCAUUGUAUCGUGUUACAACACCACAUUUAAAGAUGCACACACCUCAUCCGUCCUCUGUGGUGCACUCACAGAUCCUGAUUUUUCCGUUUUGGGCUAAAUCUUCUUGCAUUUCAAAAAAUGCCUCACAUUGCAUCACCGCUCAAAGUUUCCUCUGCGCCGGGGCGAUUUUCCCUCUGUAACACCGUGUCUCAAUCUGCCGAGCUGAAAGAACUCGCAUCUGUAACAAACAGAUAAGCAAGCGAGGCAGGUAUUUUGUUAUUGAUGUUCUGUCAUCGUAACACAAGUGCAUUAAUACCCGGGUGUGUUUACGCUCGAUAGUCAAAGUUUACCAGGGCGGCAGUGCUGCAUUUGUUUCUAUUCUGAUUUGAAAUUCCAUUGUAUGAAUAAUCUCACUUGUCUCGUCGAAUGAAACAAUGUAAUUUUCCCUGACAGAAACUUAUUGCCGCACAGUGUUUGUGUUUUUGAGUCUGACUCCUGCAAUCAAUAAAGCAGACAGAUAUUCUCUCUUCUCCAUUAAUCCGGUUGCUCAUUAGCAGAAACAUUUCGUAUUAAACUGAAGGAGACUUGACAAAGAAUAAAAAAAAAAAACACCCGACGCAUAUGCUUUUAUUGUUUACAGUCAGCCAUCUAAUGCAUAAUAAUGCUUUUGUUUACAGUGAUGUGAGAGAAUCUUGCCUGCUAAGUAAAUCUGGAUGUUGAUUGAUGGGUGGGAUAAUGAUGGGUGGGAUAAUGAUGUAAGUAAUAUCAAUAAUGUGGCUAUUUUUUCUGAAAACAGGUUGAAAACAUAUUACUGUAUGUAAAUGUUUUAUGGAUAUGCUCAUAAAUGGAGUUCAGCCUGCACCCCUAUUCUUUUUCUUUUCUUUUCUUUUCUUUUUAAAUCAAUAAUGCCAAUGGCCCAAAGCAACAUGUCAACUUAAAAUAAAAAAGAGUGGCAUUGGAGUUAAGAAUGAUAAUAAUAAUUGCAAACAUACUUCAAAUAAACUGACAUACGUGCUGCGAAACCCCCGAGGCAGGUCUAAAAAGUUCAUAAAAUCAGUAUUUAUAUAAUUCAUUUCUUCGCAUUUCCUGCUUGUCACAUCAAAUAGUCAUGUGUUUAUUAAAAACAAUGAGAGUGGCACGCUGCCGCUGCUGCUGCUGCUGCUGCUGCUGCCGCUGCUGCUUCUUCUUCUGUUGUUUUCUCACUCACAAUGCUGGGGAAAUUGUAUUAAAUGUUAUUUUUCAUAAGACGCCGCUAGUUGUCUGUCUGGCAAAGUCCCUGCGGACUGUGAGGACUCUUUUGUGUAGCUGUGAGAGUAAAUUGCCAUGGAAGCCCUGAGAGUCGCUCUGAAAAGGGACGGCUCACCCUGACUGGAGAGGCUGAUUCAGAGAUUACUGCGGGCUCCCUGAGAGCUCCUUGUCCCUGCUGGGGGAGAAAAAAACUCCACCGUGAAGCAUGAAAGUCAAACGUUACCACUUAACAUUACACGGUGGUAAAAGUAUGGCGAUCGUUCUUCCUAUGAGGAAGCAAUAUUAAGGUAAAACCGUCUCAUUUCUAUUGUAAUCACCAUAAGGGAGGCUGUCUUUCAUGAGAGUGCCAGGGCCGAAAACGGCUUAUUAUUGCUCAUAUUAUUACUAUUAUUAAUUACUAAUAUUCUGUGUCAUUGCAUGCAUUUCUGAGGGGGUUAACGUGCAUAAAAACUCUUGAAACUUUGUAUGGAGGUCAAGUCUGGGGCAAUUGUCAUAGUCAUAGUCCUCUGAACGACGCUGAAGUUAGCGUUGAUUGUAUUUUUACAAAUAGAAUAAAGGUUUCACAAAUCA